CAUUGAAGAGCGUUAAAAGCUGCGUUAAUUCAAGUAUAUGAAGUGACUGUGUUGAACUCAGACGCCCAACGAGGAAAGAUUCAAGACUCGUGAUUCGUAUGGUAUCGCUGGCGAUUAUGUGCGCGGAUCGGAUUCGGAUUACGCCUCAGUUCAUCGAUCUCGUUCGUGCAGAUCGGAAGAAAGCAACAAGUGUGCGCCAUAUCUGUCUUCACGGCUCAUAACUAGUUAGUAAAGUUAAGCAUCGUCCUCUCAUUCGCGUACUAUUAUCUACUGUUUAUCUACAUUCAAUCGUCAAUUCGGUGGGCAUAGUUAACAUGAAAUGUCAUUCGAUCUACGGAGCUAUCGAUUUCUCUUAAUACCCCACCGAUCGGUCGAUAUUAAAUCGAAUCGUCGUAAUCGAUCUGUGAUAACGUGGCGCGUACUGUUGUUCAUGUUACUCGAAAAUUAGUGGGAUAUCUUAACCUGUUAUCUUGUUCAUCAGAUUUCGCGCACGGCCCAUUUUCUAUCUUAUAUUUUAUCAAUUAUCGUACAAAUCUUGUUCUCCUGUUGAUGCGUACAUUGGAGUUUGUUAUGUAAUGUAAUGAACAGAAUUAUCCACGCAAAAUAUAAUUUCAAAAGAGCUCAAAGCCAAUAGAACAAAUUGGCACAGUUUAUAUGUUAAAUGAUUGAAGUGAUGGUCAUCGUUGCAUGCUCAAAUGUGUUCAUGUAUAUAUUCCUGAAAUGAUAUUUUUUACUUUCUUAAAAGUAAAUCUGCCAAACUUGUGACUUUUAUUCGGAGUUAUUUCACAAUUGAUAAGGGUACUACAAGAGUUUUGAAUAAAAACAACAAUUCAUUAGAAAUAAUCCAUUGGAAGGAAAAGCUCACUGUGAUCAUUCUACGUCUAGUUUAGUGUGAAUGUGAUAUAGGAAGAAAAUAUUUCUGAAUCAAAACAGAACGUGAUACUUCAUUGUUUGGAAUCAAUGUGUUUACCGUUGUUAUAUGUUUACGUGUACGAAUCCAAAAACGACUUAGAAAUAUUGGCUCAAUUGUACUACUCUAACUUUGGUUGAAAUGAACAUACAUUGAGAGUAAUAUUUUUACUUCUCGGGAAUUCUAAAAGACAGUCUCCUCACAGUGCCCUGGGGUACUCGGAAUAAGUGAAACGACAAAGAUUCGAUAAUCAGUGAAAAUGAUUAUCUGAAGAAACGGUCCACCAUAAAUCGAAGUGCAUUAUUCUUUAUAUAAUACCAUAAACCGGCAUCAUUAGCCCAAAAUGAGAUUCACGUAUCCUCAGUUUAACAACCACUACGAUGUUAGCGCCUAUCGUGUUGCAGCCAAGCAUACGCCAGCCCAUCAGCACAAAAAUUUUGCCAUGCGGAUGACUAUGGCAACGACUUCAACUAUGACACCCCGAAUACAUCGGAAAGCCUUCAGAACACCAUCAAAGCGUCACCCGGGGAAGGUUUUACCAGGGAAAUUACAUUCAAUAUCACGGGUUGGGCCGGGAAAAAUACCACCUGGAAAACGGAUAAAUCCUCGACCUCAUCCACCGCCUUGUGAUAAUUCCAACGAUAGUGGUUUUGGUUUCGACCAACACCUUGAAGUUCAGCAAACAAUUGCUCGAAAUGCACCGGUAUCAAGUAGAUCAGAAGAACCGUUCGAUGAAUGCAGUUCGUCCGAAGAUCAAGAUGAAAUUCAUAAUAGGUCGCAACAGUUGAAAUUAAAACGAAGAAAAAUUGAGAACAUACUAAUUGAUAAUGAUGACGCGUGCAGCAAUGACGCAUUUACGCAAAAAAUUAAUGCAACCGCUACCACCACUGCAGUGCAAAAUAGAAUUCCAACACCAUCAGCCACAAAAUGCAUGUCAACUAUAACUCGAAACAGUAUUCGUCCGGCAUUGAAACGACCAAUAGUUCCGGUGCAAUCCAAUAUAAGUACUGCCUCAAAAAAUGGAGCUGUUCAAUUACAAAUUAUUUCGCAGCCCGAAACACAACACAGAGCGAGGUAUCAAACAGAGGGAAGCAGAGGAGCUGUUAAGGAUCGAAGUGGGAACGGGUUUCCCAUUGUUCGACUGACAGGGUACAAUAAACCAGCUGUAUUACAAGUAUUCAUCGGGACAGACAUCGGUCGUGUAGCCCCGCAUAUGUUCUAUCAAGCAUGCAAAGUAGCUGGAAAAAAUUCAACUCCGUGCAGUGAGAAAAAGGUUGAUGGGACCAUGAUAAUUGAAAUUGACUUUAAGCCUGAAAGUGAAAUGACAGUAACUUGUGAUUGUGUUGGAAUUUUAAAGAGAGGAAUCGAUAUUUGUUUUCAGGAAAGGAAUGUCGAUGUAGAACAUAGAUUCCCUGACCAUUCAGGGCAAAGAAGUAAGAAGAAAUCAACGAGAUGUAGGAUGGUGUUUAGGACACAACUCACUCAUGACGAUGGUAGCGUAGAAACGUUACAAGUUUGUUCUCAUCCAAUUAUUUGCACUCAACCACCUGGUGUACCUGAGAUUUGCAAAAAGUCAUUAACAUCUUCCCCUGCGGAGGGUGGCCUUGAAUUAUAUAUAAUUGGUAAAAAUUUUUUGAAAGACACUUGCGUAAUAUUUCAGCAUAGUUUAGAGGGAUCACCGAAUCAAACUGAAUUAAGUCAAUUGAGCCCAGUGUGGGAAGAGACUGUUUUACCUGAUAAGGAGUAUUUACAACAAACACAUUUAAUAUGCACUGUUCCUCCAUACAUUAAUCCGAAUAUAGUCGAACCAAUCACUGUGCAAUUUUUCGUCAUGUCCAGUGGCAAGAAGAGCGAAGCUCACAACUUUGUAUACACUCCAAAAGGUGUCCAUAGUUUGUUGUCGGCAGCCACAACGUUGAGUACAUUACAUGGUGCAAUUUCAAACUCGCAAGAUGCUCAACGAUUUGUGGAAAACACGACCACCAAUAGUCGACAGCCAUGCCCGGUUCCAAUGUUAUGGAGCUCGAAUUUGAACAUGGAGCCAAAACAUGAAAUCGAUUCUGGGAUGAUGCCACCACCGACAACAUUGCCUCUAGCUGUACGAAGGCCGUCAACAUCAGGAAAUGUUUUGGCAGAUCAACUCACCCAAAUUGGAUUAAAAACGGAAAUUCUAGACGAGAGUUCACAAAGCUCCGCUCCAGACACUAUGCAAACUGAUUCCUUGGAUCAGUUCCCCACCACAACAGAAAAUUCGGUUGAUGGAAGCCCAAUGAAACUGCCGUAUCAAAGAUGUAGAAAGCAGAGUGUUGAUUUAAUUGAUAUGCGCUCAAUAUCUCUUCUGAAUGAUACAAAUAGCCUGCCCAGCUUCCCAACUCAUUCAAACCACAACCAUCUCUCAGUAGUUGAUCUUCAUGUUAAACAGGAACAAAUGAGUAAUGCAUUGCAGCCACAAAUGCUUUCAGUUGCCGCACAAAACCAACAAAAUGUCAAUAAGUUCCUAAAUGACUUGAAGUCACCACUAAAUUCGGGGACCGUCAAUUCGCUAUUCGGAGGAAACUCGGCAAACAAUUCGAAUUCAGUAUAUUCACCGCAAGAUAUUAAUCCAAUAAAUCAAAUCGCUGCCCACGCCAGUAGUUCUGUAAAUCAUACGUUCACACAGAAUCUACUAUCGAAUCAAGCACAAAAUCUUUCCCAAAUGCUGACUAUUUCACAGAGUGAGUCACCCAAUUCAAUGCACAGUCCGAGUUCCAGCUCAUCUAAUUCUCACUCUCCUUUGGCUCAAGAUAUCAUUCUCAACUCUGAGCCGGCGGCUUCAAUAAGUACAGCAAAUAUGCAAAUGAUAGCUCAGCAGACAACCACACCGAGUGAUCACAUACCAUCAGAAUUAAUAAUGAAUCCCACGGUUUCUCCAAGUAUGAUGUGUUCAACAAGUGCCGACCCCAAUGGCUUAAUGGGCAGUCAAGAGACUAUGCAAGGUGCAAUUUUGAAUGAUAUCAACUCAAUGGCUCCUCAACAUCCAACUGAAAAUCUACUGAAUAGUAUGAUGAUGAAUCAAUCAGCAGAUCAAAUGCAUAACCAGCAUAAAUCUCCAACCGCAUCUAAUGCAGCAGCAAUGAACAAUAUGCUCCUUAAAGCUACAGCUGACUUUAUUUCAAAUCAAGAGAAUGCAACUAUCAACGCAGCGCUCAUGUCUCUAAACUCAAAUAACAUGCUGAAUGAAAAUUCCUCGGCCGUUUCACAAAUGUUAGACUUGCCUACACAGACUCAAACUACCUCGGCCUCGACGAAUUUAUCUGAACCUCAUCAACAUAUUGAUAUGCGCCAGCCACAAACGACAACAGCAAUUAGCCAACACAUUGCACAUUUCGCUGAUGGAGGAGCAGUCAUGCCAAAUCAUCAGUUAAUGGAGAGAAGAUCAAUUCCCGGACAGAACAACGGGACAUCUAUGAUGGGAGAUUUACUUUUAAAUCAAGUUUCAGCGAAUGUCCAAGACAGAUAUAUGCAGAAUUUGGGAAAAGUUCAACAAAUUGGAGCGGGCGUAAAUCCAACAGAAAAUCAGGAAUCUCUGCUGCAAGCAGUAUCUUUAGUUAGAAAUGAACUGGAGAAAUCAAAAAUGGCAGGACAAGUUCAACAAAUGGGUAUUCAGCAUCCGGCAUUGGGCCAAACAACUGUUUCACAGCCAACAACGGCAACAACUAUUCCGCAAGAAAUUACAACGAUGUCAGACCAGGAUCUUAUCAGCUACAUAAAUCCUAGCUGCUUCGAUCAAGUCUAAUUUUAAAUGGAAUCUAUGUAACGAAACCUCCGUCUAUAUACAACGUACACAACCGUGCUGUGCAUUAUAUUAAAGAUCAUAGAUCACAGUGUAAGGACGAUGGCUUAUAUGGAACGUUAUUAUAAGGCUGCUGGUAUAUUUAAGUUAUUUUACGUUUAGUUGUCGUCGAAUAUUGAAUAGAGUUUUAGUUGUAAAAAUUAUCAUAUGAUUAAGAGUAAGUAAUAUAGCCUUCCUGUUAUACGUUUAGUCUCAGAGAAUAUAGAUCGCAUAUACAUUUAGUUUAAAAACUAAUUUCAGUUAUAGUUAUUUAUAAAAAAAUAUUGAACUAACAUUGAUUCAUUGUUUAUUUCAUCUCCAGUAAUUAAUUGUCGAGGAAACAUUAAAAGCUUUUGUCUUUUGAUGUAUGUUUAGUUGUACAAUUAUGAAUUGUUGCAAAGACGGUGACAUGUUAUAUUUUUAACAUGCUAAAGAGAGAAUAGAGAUUUUUUUAAAAAAAGUGAAAACAUAUUUUUUUUUUCAUUUCACGUUUUGCCAUUAAUUAAUUACGAUGAUCAUUAACCACAUCGGACUGAAUCCAUUAUGUCGAAAGAAGUUUAAAUUUAUUUACAGUUCCAAAAGAUAUUUGUCUAAGAGGCCUUUUAUACACAUAAAAGUGAAUUUUACACGUACGAAAAAAUAUCUGUCCACAAGAAGGUGCAUUAAUGCCAUUUAAUGUAAAUUGAUAUUUAUGUAUGUUCUACAAAUUACAAUUCCCUCACGUUUAUUCUUACAACAUAUACUAUGAAUUUAUGUAUGUGGUUUUUACAUAAACAAGAAACUGAAAUUUCA